CUUUUGCCGGUAUAUAUCCCACCAUACCUUUCAAUUUUCUCAUACAUUCUUUUCACCAUGGGAAUCACUAGUCUUCAUGAACAUAUCAUCCAAACCCACAUCUUGACCCGACUCGACGGCCGAUCACUCGCCGCAGCGGGCUGCGCCUCGUCCCACCUACAAUCCCUUUGCUCCGGUGAGGAACUUUGGUCAAAUGUUUGUUCUUCAAGUUGGCCAUCCACAGAACACCCUUUGGUCAGCCAGGCCAUAUUAAAUUUUAAGUCUGGCCACCGUUCGUUCUUCUCUGAUGUCUUCCCGUCUCCCUCGGAACGCCUGUGUACCGCGUCAACACUACUACCUCCAACCGCGAAUAUUAUCUCCUCCGUUGACCUUAGGUACCGUGAUCAGAUGGUGUUUUCUAAGGUGGAAUCUACUAAUACCACGCCUAGUGAUUGGUUUCUGUCGUGUCCGUUUCGAAUUGAUCUUCUUGAACACAAAGAACUCGUCCAAUCGGAGUUGGAAAUUUCCGGUGAUGAUCAGGUAAUACAAUCGAAUCUAGAGAAACACAUGACGUUGAGUUGGAUCAUGAUUGACCCGACCCAAAACCGAGCUAUAAAUCUAUCAAGCACAAAACCGGUUUCUGUCCACCGGAAUUGGUUGACCGACGAAAUAGAGUUGACUUUUUCCGUCGUGACCUCCAUUAACUCUCACGUACAUGAUAAUGAGCACGUGAACUGCAACAUAGAGGUCACUUGCGGUGUCAAAGAAGGCACUUUGGAGUUGUAUGUGAGUGGCAUGAGUUUAACUAUACAAGAUAUUAAUGGCAAGUGUUUGAGCGGAAAGGAUAGUAUGGUAAUUUUACAUGGACUUAUGGUGGCAGAGCGACGGUGGCGUAACGGUGGUGGAGGGUGGCAGAAAGAGAUGUACGAUGAGUAUAUCCAACGGAGGAAAGAAAGAAAAGAGAAGAUGGAGAUGAGAGAACGAAGGCUUGACUUGGUUCGUGUUAGUUGUGCGGUGGCUUUCUUGAUGGCAUUUUGGUCACUUGCUCUUUUUUAAUUAUUUAGCUUAAAUGUAAUUAAGAUGAAUUUAAUGGUGAUUACCAUUUAAAUUUGUAACAUAAAACCCAUGUAACAAAAUGUGUGUCGCUAAAAGUUGAUGCUUGUUCGGGUAUAGAAUUAUAAAGUCGUUUGUUUUUGUUUUUUUAAGGAAAAAUCUCGGUACCGAAAAUAAAUUAUGUUUUAGUAA